CAGCACCAACCAGACGUAAACACCAGUCACACACCACCACACCACCUCACCGCGCCAUACCGGACUCACUACCCAGUCACCACUACCACUAAUACCAGUACCAGUGCUUCACCGGUACUAGUGACGCGUGUACUGGUGACCCAUUACCGGUACUAGUGUGUGGUGACUUGUAAAGGGACAGAGUUGACCCGGCAGGCAACAAGGUAAUCAUCGGCAUCAUCAGCGGGUCAUGGCGGGGUCAGAUGUGGGCAUGGACGACCUGGAGCCACUAGAACCAAGCCUCAAGAAUAUUGUGGAGCAGACCACGUUGAAAUGGGUCUUUGUGGGCGGCAAGGGUGGUGUGGGCAAGACUACUACCAGCUGCAGCCUGGCCGUCCAGCUGUCCCAAACCCGCGAGUCGGUCUUGAUCAUCUCCACGGACCCGGCCCACAAUAUUUCCGAUGCAUUUGACCAGAAGUUCUCGAAGGUCCCAACCAAAGUAAAGGGAUUUGAUAACCUGUUUGCCAUGGAGAUUGACCCAAACAUAGGCUACGGUGACCUCCCUGAUGAGUACUUUGAGGGGGCCACGGACGCCAUGCGCAUGGGGAGGGACAUCAUGCAGGAGGUGCUGGGGGCCUUCCCGGGCAUUGACGAGGCCAUGAGCUACGCAGAGGUCAUGAAACUGGUGCAGGGAAUGAACUUCAGCGUGGUGGUAUUUGACACAGCCCCCACUGGCCACACCCUGCGCCUUCUGUCCUUCCCCCAGGUGAUAGAGAAGUCCCUGGGCAAACUCCUGCGCCUUAAGAGUCACAUCUCACCCUUCAUUAACCAGGUGGCCGGGUUGCUGGGAAUGCAGGAGUUCAACGCUGACGAGGUGUCCGGCAAGUUGGAGGGAAUACUGCCGGUCAUACAGAAGGUCAACGAGCAAUUCAAAAACCCGGUUAGUGACAACUUCGUGUGUGUGUGCAUUGCAGAGUUCCUGUCACUGUACGAGACAGAGCGACUGGUGCAGGAGCUGACACGUUACGGCAUUGACACACACAACAUCGUGGUGAAUCAGCUGCUGCUUGGCACUUCCGCAGGCGGCAAGGACUGUCCCACCUGUUCCGCCCGCCGCAUCCAGGCCAAGUACUUAGACCAGAUCGCUGACCUUUACGAGGACUUCCACAUAGUGAGGCUGCCUCUGCUGGAACACGAGGUGCGCGGUGUUGACCAAGUGAAAGGUUUCUCCGUCAACCUGGUGAAGCCUUGUGAACCCUGAGACACCACCAACACUACCACCACCAUCACCACCACCACUGCUACUGUUACUGACGCCAUCACCAUCGCUACUGCUACUGUUACUACUGGUGAUGCUGGUGGUGGUGCUGUUUUGGUGCUGGUUUGCUGACAUCACCAUUAUGUUGAUGCUGUUUGGUGACUGAGAAGUGGGAAAUGUCACCACCGCCAUCACCAUCACUUCUACUACUGCUUUUUUGCUGUCAUCACCAUAAUAAUGAUGCUACUUGGUGACUGAGAAAUGGAAAAAGAUACACCACUGUUGCUAUUGUCAUCACCAUCAUCACCACCGCCAUCACCACCAGUAACUAUUAUUGGUGAGGCUGUUUCCUGUCAUCACCAUAAGAAGGACUUUGUGAAUUGGUGACCUAGACAUGAAAAAGAUACACUAUUGCUAUUGUCACCACUGCCACCACCACCACCACCAUCACCACCACUACUACUAUUGGUGAUUCUGUUUAAUGUCAUCACCAUAAUAUUGAUGCUGUUUGGUGACUGAGAAGUGGGAAAGAUACACCACUGCUGCUAUUGUAACCACCACCACCACCACCACCACUACCACUACUACUGGUUUGCUGUCAUCACCA